GGCCACAACAAGGGGCUGAGAUAUACCUAUAAAUACUAAUUAAAGCGAAAAUAAAUCUUAUUAAAAUUAUAACCAAAAAUAAAUGGAAUCCAUAGAGCCGUUCAGUUUAUUGUGGGAGGAUAAAGAAAUCAAAUUUGAUACAGCCAAUAUCCAAAAACGCCUACGCAAUGGUGAAAAGGUUUUAUCCACUAUCUAUUAUAUUGAGGACACCAAAGGAAAUCCGGGAGAUUCUGGUCGCUUACUGGCUACUAAUUUGCGUAUAAUAUGGUAUUCUUUGGUUCACAAGAAAUUUAAUCUUUCCAUUGGUUAUGGUCGCAUUGCCAAUAUAAAUACUAAAACUGUAUCGAAUAAAACGCGUGGCAAUUGUUUGGCUUUAUAUAUUUUGGCUAUUGGAGGCAGUACCCGAUUUGAGUUCUUAUUUACGGAUGUAUCAGGCGAAACGGAACGUAAACAUAUACCCAUAUUUCAGAGUGUAUUUGAUAUAUAUCACUUAUAUCAACGUACCUAUUUGUAUCGUGAUCUAAAAUUGCGUGGUGCCAUUUUGCAAUCGGGUCAGUUGAUUAUACUCCCACAAGAGCAGGUGUUUAAUAAAGUGGAUGGUGUUUGGAAUUUAUCCAGCGAUCAAGGCAAUUUGGGCUCUUUUGUGGUCAGCAAUAUACGAGUAGUGUGGUAUGCCGAUGCCAAUGAGACCUUCAAUAUAAGUUUACCCUACAUGCAAAUCGCCAAUAUACGCAUACGUGAAUCUAAAUAUGGACCUGCUCUAGUCAUACAAACGGCUGAAACGGGUGGCGGUUAUGUUUUAGGCUUUCGCAUUGAUCCACCCGAACGUUUAACGGAAAUUUUCCAAGAACUCAUUUCUUUACAUUCGGUUUAUACGGAAAAUCCCAAUUUUGGUAUAGCCUAUGAAACAUCUGAAUUGGAGAAACAAAAUGCGUCGGCCAAUGCCCAGCGGAAGGAGAUACGCAUUGAAGAAUUCCAAGAAAUCGAUGAACGUCAGGAAAAGGAAAUUAACUCCAAGUUGAAUACUUAUUUGGCCGAAGGUAGUUUGUCGGUGGGUGAAGAAAAGCCUCCAAGGGAACCGGUCUAUUGUAAGGAGUUGGGUUUUGCCAUGGAACGGAUACGUGAUGGUUAUAAAUUGAAAGAUUUAUGGGAUGUUUUGCCACAGCAGAUGAUAUUACUGGAAGAGGAAUAA